UGAGAAGGGCAGCCUUGCAGAGGGAAGAGCCUGGUUGAGAAGGGCAGUCGUACAGAGAAGGCCCUAGUGAGAAGGGCAGUCGUACAGAGAAGGCCUGCAAGGGCUAGACACGCCGGACACCCGGAGCAGGAGAACUGUGGCCAAGUGGAGGAGAGGUAGCCUCCCUACAAAAACACAUCAUCAAAGUCGUGGCGGGCGAGAAUAGGAGGGUGCAAAUCCGAAGCUUGGCACAGUAGAAGAGGCGGCAAGGGCUAGCACGGCGACCCUGCCGUCCCUCCUGUUACAGUGGUGCAUUGGCCGGGAAACCGUAAAGCCGUGCACAGAAAGACAAACCAGAGGGCUAAAAUAAGGACGGAGAGGGGGCUGUAAGAAGACAGCGGCUACACAAAGCGAAAAGAGGGCAAAGUAGGAAGGCACUGCCCGGGGACGGUACUGGGAAGCUGGAGGGCCUGACUAGUGAAGGCGAGACCAGGAUGGCAAUGGCAGAGGGUAUUGAGAGCCUGAGACAGGAGAAUUUUGCCAAGCUAUUACGAAUAGAUGAGUUAGAGGAAAAAUUGGAACGGCUGGAGUGGGAGCUGGAGGUGGCCCACUUUCAAAAAGAGCAAGUGGAGGCAAGGGCUGCUGGGUUAGAACAGCGGGCCCAGGCAGGAAAAAAGGAAGGAGGCUCAAAAGAAAUAAGGCGCAUGAUAGCGGCAGAAGCGGAGAGAACUCGCGCCCUAGAGCAGCUUAUUGCAAGUGGGGCCCAAAAGAGCUGGGUGAGGGAAGAGAAGCUGCAGAAGAUGCAGAGGAAGAUGGCAACUUGGAGGGAGAAGUCUAUUACAACCUGCACAACCCAGGCGAGGGAACAGAAGGAUAUACUACAGAGGUUGGAGGUCUCUAAAGGCGUGAUUGAUGUCCUUCAGAAAGAAGUCCGCAGUCAGGAAGAUCGCGUACAAGAAUUGCGGGACGAGGUGGAGAAAUGGCAGCAGAAGUAUAUGGGUGCAGAACAACUAAUUCAAAUGCUGUGGAACACCCUGCAUGAAAAUCAGGCUCUGACCGAAGAAAAGGGAAAGGUGCUCGCACAGGAGAUGGAAAAGGUAAAAGAAUACAUGGCCAAUUAUGAUGUAUUGCAGGAGCGGAACCUGUCCUUUGAAAGGGAGUUAGAGGCUGGAGCGAAAGAGAAGGAUUGGUUACGGUCCCAGCUACAGAGUGUGGAGACUGAAAAAGACCAUCUGGAAGAACAGAUACACCUUAAAACCCUCCUGGAGGAUGGUGCAGCUAAAGAGGCAUUGACUAACAAUGAGAGGGAGCAGGCAUUACAUCAAAUGCAAGCCUUAAGUCAGCAGGUCCAAGCCUUGGAGGCAGAAAAGAAAAUGCUUCAGGUAGCAAACAGGCAGAUGGCCACAAAAGGCCAAGAUCCUGGGGAGUCAGAGGUGCCAGAGACAACAAGCAUAGCAACUCAGACAGACGCAGGACAGAAGGCCCAAGUGGAAAAGGUUGCAGAUGCAAUGCAAAAGAGGCUGGAGGCGCUGGGAGCCAAACUAGCGGAGUGUGUGAUCAUGACUAAGUCAGAAUGCCUAGAGCAGCACCAGGAACUCGAGGCAGCGAAAAGGUCCUUGAGGGAAGUGGAGGUGCAACUAGCAACUGUGCAGCUGGAAAGAAAGAAAACACCGGAACAAGUGAGUUUUAAGGGAGACCAAGGACCAGAGGAUCUGAGAGAGGAGGCCGAACCAGGACAACUUGAGGGAAGCAACCCAGAAAAGGGAUUGGUAGGGACGAAGUCUACAGCCCUAGAAGGAGAAGUUCUACCAGCGUUCCUAGACGACUAGAUUAAAAGAUGGGACCAAUGGUUGGAGCGUCAUGCCGAGGAGAUGAGCCAUAUAAGACAACAGCUGAGGGAAUGCUAUAAACCUCGAGCUAGGUGGGGAAUUACUGUACCCCAUCAGAGGCCAUUAGGGGAAGCAGCCCUGAUAGAGGCAGGGACAGUACGAAAGAAUGAACAGGCAAGUUCAAGGAAAGAGACCAAUAAUCAGAUUUGCCAAGACUGCACGCAGGAGAGACAAGGCGUCAGGCGAUAUAAGCCAAAGAUGAGCCCCAAGGAAAAGGGAUCAGUGGGACCCAGAAGAGAAAGCGAGGCCAAGGAGAUAGAGAUACGAGGAAGAGAACUACCACCUAAAGUGAGGGACAGUCGGGGGAGGAGACCCCAGAUUUAUGUGCAGAAUAUCCCAGGAAACGUCAAGUGGUGGACUUUAAGAAAGCUUGUUGAAGCAAAAGUCGGAGGCGUAGCUUAUGUAAAAAUUUAUAAAGGACCUAAAGGAGAAUCCACCGGCCGAGGAAAGAUCGAGUUUUGGGAGGAAGAAAAUGCUCAGAGAACAUUGAGAAGACAGUGGGAGAUAUGAGGAAGGCUUCAAGACCUUCAGGGAGGCUAUUAGGAAAGACAAGCACCACUACUUCAGGAGAGAGGCAUAAGAAGAGAUAGUGGACCCUAAAAGACAAGGAGCUCAACCAACAGAGAGGUCAGCUUACCAAGGUUGGCUAAUGUGGGGGGAAUGCCCGUGGCGGGGCAACUCCCAGGAAAUCCCACAUGGUGCGCGUUGGGGAAAAGGCGAGCAGGAGGUGCCUUAAAACCUCCGCUUCUAUGCAUUUUUUUAAAGUGUUGGUGAGCCAAAACAAGAACUACAAAGGAUUAAGACGAAGGAAGCCAGAGGGACGAGAAUGCAAACCGCCUCGGUGAGUUGAAGUCUUGAGCGGGGAGGUGUGUAGCAGGACACUAAGGUGCCUGCUACAACGAGAGCCAGGAAGGCUCAUCAGGUGUGGGUUGCCAGGGCAACAGGAGGCAGCAAACGACCCACCCCUGCCAGCGAUCAGCUGGCUUUAAGGGGCAAGGCCUGGCUCUUAGGAAGGAGAGAGAGAGAGAGUUGAGAAGAGAGGUGGUUCCCUGCCAGCAGCCAGAGGGGCAGGAGCUCCAGGAGUUAGGAUACGAGGAGAAGCCUAACGGCAAGUACAGCUUGACCAGAGUGGAGCAAGGUUGUUAUAGCUAGAGGGCAUAUGUUUGAGUUAUA